UUAUAAAGUUAAAUUAAUUGAAAGCCUUCAAGAUAUCAAAGACGCAAAUUCACAUUCAAGAUACAUUGUGACAUUUGAAUAUGAGCUACUUUGUACGGAGAACUCUCGGUUAAAUGUUGGUGAAUUUAAUUCGAUUAUAACUACUACUUUUACUAAAAGUUUUUUUUUCAUGAGUCAGGUAUUUGUGAGGAAAGGUAACAAACAAACUAUGAUAAUUACAGAAAUUGAUUUCAUCUAUUUAUGAAUGAAUUUGUAACCGAGUUCCAGAGUAUAAAAUCAAGUUAACAAUGCAAGAGAUAGCUGUACCUGUAGGGAUCCAGGAUAACAUGCGAAGAAAACAUAGUCUGUAUAUUAUCUUACUCGAUUAAGCUUUUUGUGGAAGAGCUGCACAAAAGAGAUUUAAUUACCAAGCUGAGACCAGAGUUUGUCGCGUCAUCAGUCACACGAUUGCUUUUUUAGUCAAUCUUUAAAUUAAGAAUAGUUUAUUAAACCUUAUAAUGUGAGGACGUUGUUAAUUGGUUUAAUAUCUUCGAUCGAGUGGAUAUACGCUCAAGUUAUUUUUACAUUGUCAAGGAUUCAGACUACAUUAUAUCAUCUAUACGAAGUACGAAAUAUACGAUUAAUUAACAAGGUUAAGUAAUAUUCUACUUUUAAAACUGAAAAGGUGGAUCAGAAGAAACAAGUUUUACAUUACAGGUUUCAGCUCGGUAAACGUAUUUUGUAUCUAAACCAGAAAAAAAAUCAUUAUCUUCCAAACUGCAGUGAAGACAUCACUCAGAACUAUCAGUCUGGGAUUUACCUUUAUCAAAUUUAAAAUUAAAAGACAACUUUUUUGGAGUGUUCUCAGACUGCGUUGUUAGCCAAAGUGAGUGUUAGUUGAGUUAAGAAAAUCUUUCUAAUUCAUCAAUGUGCCAAGAGUGCUAAUCCUAACAGUCUCAAAGGCAUAAAAGACAGCGCAAUUGACUUUCUAGAGAUCCGAGAUUUAAUAAUGUACACAGAUUUGAUAUUAGUAUAUCUACAUGCAUUAAUUUUAGUUCCAUAUACAAUUCAGCAAGAUGGCGCUAGAUUUAUGCCUGUGUUUGAUACCAGUACAAUCAAUUUAACAGUGAUACAAGGAAGAACAGCCUAUCUGAACUGUACAGUCGACUACAGAGGAGAUUACAAGGUAGCAUGGCUAAAUCCAGAAAAUAAGGUUCUUACUAACUUAGAAAAGCGAAUUAUUGAUGACACUCGAAUAGCCUUACCUCGAAAUAGUUUAAAUGAUUGGACUCUUUAUAUUAGAGAAAUUCAGCAUUACGACGAAGGAGUGUAUUCUUGCUCAAUUAAUACAGAUCCUGUUCAAACUAAGAAGGUUUAUUUAAAGGUACUCGUACCAGCUAGGAUCAUUGAUCACGGUACAAGUCAUGAUAUAGAAGAGGAGGAAGGUAAGACCGUACAACUUAUCUGUAAUGCCACUGGUAUUCCUACACCAACUGUGCAGUGGUUCAGACAUAUACCAAAGACUUUAUAUGAAAAAGCCACAAAAGAAGCGGUUGUAGAGCCAGGUGAAAUCCUUUUGAUACAUAAUAUCUCCAGAUAUUGUGGUGGUACUUAUGAAUGUAUCGCAUUCAACAGAGUUGACAAAGCUGACUCACAUCAAAUAGAGGUGGAAGUCAUUUUUCGUCCAGAAAUUGAAUUACCAAACCGACGAUUUUCACAGUAUCUCUACAAAGAAACAAUACUACAGUGUAUCGUACGAGCAAAUCCGAUCCAGUUCUUAGAAUGGCAAAGAAAUGGAAUUCGAAUAGAAAGCAGCACGAAGUAUCGAGUAGACUUGUAUGAUGAUCAUUAUGAAAUAAACACAAAAAUUUUGGAUCUAAAUAUUCAUAGUAUACAAAAAGAAGAUUACGGAAAUUAUACAUGUGUUGCUUCAAAUAAUCUUGGAAAAGACAGAGAGACUAUGAUUUUAUAUGAAGCUGUAGAAUUAACAAAGCCACCAUCUACAACAACCAAGUUAAUUCCGACGACCAAACAAACUAAAGAUUAUCCAUCAUACGAAGUCUUCGAAAAUAAGAAACGACCUGAGAAACAGAAAAAUGGACAGUCCACCCGAGGUAAUUACAGACCAAGAAGUUCCGGACUGAAAGUAUUCUAUGCUGCCGAACACGUUUUAUUAUGUUUCAUUCUUCUAAGAUGGUGUGCGUUAUAAUAGUGUUAAAAAGAUGAAAAAAUGUUAUUUAACUUAAUUUACAUAUGUUUAAACAUGUUAUUUUACAUGCGUGAAAGUAUGAUAUUUUACAUGCGUGUUAAUAUGUUAUUUUACAUGCGUGUAAAGAUUUCAUUAUAAGAGUAUAAUUGCAUCUUUUAUUAUUUUUUCUACGUGAUAUAGAGAGUGAUCUCUUAGAUGUUAACGUAAAUAGUUGUCUUGCAAUGAUGGUCAGAAUGAACGUUAUCAGUUGCGCAGACAGAAUAAGUAUUUCAAACUUCCAUUCAGUAGUGUUUGUCAAAGUUGGAAACAUAUUUAAACCAGUGAUUGUGUCAUAUUGACAUAAUGGACAUGUUGGAUUUAUGUCAUGGUCUAAAUGUCUCUACAGAAUUAAGAAACGGGGACUUCCGCUGUAAGAAUAAUGACAGCGACCGUAGAUUCGGUAAAAUGAAAAGGAGAAUACUGACAUUACAAUUCUACAACUGUCAAGGCAUUCCAUUUUUUAGCAACGUAUAUUACGCAUGUCAUUAUUGGAAAGGAGAUAGCUGACAUUAAUGAAUUUACACAAUGCACACGAAUUAUUUUAUCAAAAAUAAGACAUUUAGUUACAAAAUUGAUAAGGAUACUGUUAACUAUUGUUAUUUGUUUAAUCAAAUUUAAGCAAUUCCAUCAAAAAGUAUUCAA